CACUCCGAAGUUAAUUGCUGCUGGCCAGAAAGCCGGGUGCUCCGUCGUCACCCAUUGAGUAGACGGUGAACCUCUUUCAGUAGUCUAAGUAUGGUGUUAUGGCAAAUCACUGCCGCUAGCCUUUGGGUGUCAUUACGUUCAUGGUAAUUCCAAUGCAUGCCCGCAUCAACGUGCCCUUCUUUGGUGUCAGUUAUGCUGUGUGCACGCGUAGAGGUGAUACAUUUAUUGUUCCUGUGUGGACCAGUCUAAUCAUAAUUAUUCCUGGCUGUUCUUUUGUGCUAUUCAUGCUAUUCAUGAUGCAUGUAGUAGUAGUAGUGCAUCGUGUUGUGUUAUGCAUGUCUCAUGUGCCGUUUCCCGCGCGCGCGUGAAACCGACUUCGCGGCUUGUAGUUUCUGUGCAUAAUUAGUUGAGUCGGCGUCUUGUUGUUUGGACUGGAGACUACACCGAGUUGUGUUCUUUUCGUUGUUUCAGUCAGUUACAGCUUGCAGUUAUUCCUCUCGUGUAGUUCAGUUGCUUUACUAGUGUCUCAUCCUGAAGUAAAGAUUAUUCGUUAUUAUCUCUGUGAGUCAGAUCCCUCUUUCGUCUAAUGGUAGCAGAGGAUGGUUAUCUUCACCUAGUCGGAAGUCCAUCGGAGCGAGAUGUCUGAACACAGCGACGAUAUCAGUCACGAGCGGAACAGGGUCACGGUAGGCGAUGAUGUUGGGCCUGGCCAUGAUGUUGAGCCUGGCGAUUAUGUUGAGCCUGGCGAUUAUGUUGAGCCUGGCGAUUAUGUUGAGCCUGGCGAUUAUGUUGAGCCUGGUAAUACGGACGGCCAGGAAGAGCAAGUCAACGAUGCUGUGACCUCGGCAUCUGCAGACAUGAGAGUGGCAAAAAUUCAAAUGAAACGGCGCUUGACGUCGCGGCGACGAGGCUUGAUUUUGCAGAUCCGUGACGAGAAGUUGAGUUUGGAUGCCGUGAGAGACGAAUUCGAGGCAGUGCAAUGGUUCGCCAACGAGGUGAAUCAGGUGUUGGAGUCACUGGUGACGUGUUUUCAAGCCGAGAAAAAAGGCAAAGCAGUCGACGCAGCAAUAACGGAGCUGGAGGAAGUGGCAGAAGCAAUGGCGCACCUGGAGCAGCAGGUGGAGAUGUACGAGGAGCAACAACAUAUUCGUGCGCGUCAUUCCGCAGGGUUCAGUCAGUACCACCCUGUUAUGCCAUCAAGCUUCAACGCUGCUCACGACCCAUUAGGUGGGGUGUCAGGAACUGCUCAGUCUGCGAGUUCUGCACAGUCCGCUAGACCGUCUUCCGCGCCUGGUGGCGUCAGUGCGGACUUCACUCCUGUCACAAGCAACACAUUCAGCACCAACAGGCCUGUCAGUGCCAGUGUCUCAAGUAAAAGCGCAAUCACCUCACUUUCUUCGUCUGUAGGUGCACCCACAAGCUCCAGCUCGACUCCACCAGUCAGUGUGAGUGCAGGGAGCAGUCACCACUCGAGUUCUAGUACCAGUAGUAGCCAUAGCAUCAGUUCCCGCACAAGUAGCAGUGCGCCAGCAGCAGCAGCAGCAGCAGGCCCCACAGUGCCACUGAGUCAGGCCAGCAACACCAGCGCACCUGUAGCUGUACAAGCAACCAAUAGCAAUGUACUGCCCAGGCAAUCAGCCCCUGUUCACUCCAGCAGGGUACACACAGCAGUCAUGAGUGGAAGUAGCCAGAGACCAGCCCAUACAUUACACCAGUCUGUGGCCGCCGUCCCAUUUGUACCUAGAGCCAGUUUCAGGCCUACACAGAGUGUGGCACAUGGCCAUGGCGGCAGCUACAAUGGUCUACCAGUACCAACUCCAUCGAGACCAUCUAGUUUUGCUGCACCACCAGCUGGAGCCGCAGACGUCUUCAGCAAAAUGAGAAGCAUUUCAAUACCCGUGUUCGAUGGUGAUAAGCGUGCCUAUGAGUUAUGGAAGGCCACGUUCUUGGCGUGCGUGGACAGUGCGCCAAUCAGCCCAACCCUGAAGCUGUUGCAGCUACGACAGUAUGUAGCGGGAGAAGCGCUAAGAUGCAUCGAGCGGCUAGGGUACGCCCCGGACUCAUACCACAAGGCAAUGGAACGCCUGGAACGGAAAUUCGGAGGUACGCGGCGCCAAGUGAUGGUGUACUUAGAUGAACUGGAACGGUUCAAGCCAUUGCACGGAGAUCGAGUCAACGCACAAGAUCUGGAACAGUUCUCAGAUUUGUUGGAAGUAGCCGUGACCAACUUGAAAGCAGCGGGUCGCCAAUCGGAGCUAGAGGUGGGCACUCUGUACGCGCGAAUCCAGCAGAAGCUGCCAGAAGACCUGCUGACAAGAUACCAUAGGUGGCUCUAUGAGCAUCAGCGCCCAGAAGGGGUGGAGGCGUUGCUCGAGUGGGUCAAUCUCGAGGCCGACUUUCACAUUACCGCCAAUGAAGCCAUCGCAGGCCUAGCACCUGGUCGCCAUAGACAUGGCCGAGAGCGCCCAGCAGCCCGAGGCCACUCAUUCCAUGCAGCAGAGUCACCCAAUCCGACACCGGCAGCGUGUCCAGUAUGCUCCCAGGACCAUCAAGUGUGGACAUGCAAAGAUUUCAAGGAAAUGGAUGUGGACAAGCGUUGGAAAGUGGCGAAAACACAUCGGCUCUGCUAUCGCUGUCUGGGCAAGGGCCACCGAGGUGCUGACUGCCAGCGGAAGAGAAAGUGUGGCGUAGACAAGUGCAGCGAUACCCACAACUAUCUGCUUCACAGGGCAGUAGCCAUUGACACGUCUAGAGCCAGAAAUGGCACGGAAAGGGGUCGUACCAGUGAGACAGCCAGAACCACAACCACUGCUAACAUCGGAGCAGGCGCCAGACCGUUGUCACUGAGAACCUUGCCGGUCGUUUUACGAAACGGUGACCGCAACCUCAGGGUGAAUGCGCUGUUGGAUGAUGGGAGCACCCAAAGUUAUGUGAACACAGAGGUAGCGGACCAGCUCAACUUGCAGGGACCCAUGAAACAGGUUUCGAUCAGCACCCUCAACGGAGCAGUGGAGUCUUUCGAGUCAAUGCCAGUGGAUCUGCUGGUAGAGAGUGUAGAUGGCAAGUUCAUCAGUCCGUUCUCAGCCAUCACAACUAGUCACGUCACAGGCACACUGAAACCGUACGAUUGGACCGUCGAGUCAAGUCAGUACCAUCAUCUGCUGGACAUACCCUUCGAACAGCCAGCAACUCGCCAGAUUGAUAUGCUGAUUGGCCUGGAUCAUGCCGAGCUUCACUACUCUCUGGAGGAGGUGAGGGGUGAUCAGGGAGAACCGGUGGCGAGGAGAACCGCGCUAGGUUGGACCUGUGUUGGACCUGUGAGUGGAAGCUCAGAUCAUCACCGCACUCACUUCAGCAGAGUCGAUGACGGUAAUCUGGAGAUGCUGGUCCGGCGUAUGUGGGAGGUGGAAGAGCCUCGCCGACAGAGCCCGCUUGCAGCAAAUGACCGACAAACUCUUGCAGAUGCAGAGGCAGCAACAAAGUACUGCAACGGCAGGUACACCGUCAAGCUGCCUUGGAAGAGAAGCCCGCCAGAGGAGAACGGUAGCUACGAGAUGGCACUGAAGAGACUGCGCUCGACAGAGAAACGCCUCCACAAGGAACCAGAAGUAGCAAAGGAGUACUGCCGUGUACUGCAGCAUCAUGUGAACGCUGGAUACGUGACUGCAGUAAAGCUCGAGUCAACAGGUGGUUGGUACCUCCCGCACUUUCCAGUCACCAGACCAGAUGCAACAACAACUAAAGUGAGGGUGGUCUUUGACGCAUCAGCCAAAUGCAAAGGAGCAAGCCUGAACGACUACCUCCACCCAGGACCGAAGCUGCAGAGAGAGCUACCGCACAUAUUGCUGCGAUUCAGGGCAAAGCCAGUUGCUAUCGUGGCCGAUGUAGCAGAGAUGUACCUCCAGAUCGAGCUGUCUGAAGAUGAUCAGAAAUUUCAUCGUUUUCUGUGGCGGGACUUGGAUGCGUCAAAGGAGCCAGUCGCCUACCAGUACCAACGGGUGGUGUUUGGCGUGAAUUCGUCCCCAUUCCUAGCACAAAUGGUGUCUCAGAAACAUGCUGAGCAGCUAAAAGAAGAAUUCCCACGUGCUGCAGAAGCGGUGUUGAAGUCGACUUAUAUGGACGACACUAUGGAUUCCACCGACGAUGACAAGGAUGCCAUCAAACUGUACCAGGACCUGAGUGAGCUGUGGCACCGUGCCGGAAUGCAUCCUCGCAAGUGGAUUUCGAACAGCACCGAGCUACUCCAACUGAUCCCACCGGAAGAUCGUGCCAAGCAGGUGAAUCUUCAGGAUAGUAUUCUGCCGUCAACCAAAGCGCUUGGUGUGCAGUGGGAUGCAGAGACGGAUGUCUUUACGUUCAGGUGUCGAGCACCAAGUUACUCAGUCCUGAGCAAGCGGACCUUUCUGAAGAUUCUGGCGACUCUGUUCGACCCGCUGGGGUUCGUCUUGCCCUUCGUGAUGAGCGGCCGCAUCCUGUUCCAGGAAAUGUGGGUCGAUGGUAUUCAGUGGGAUGAGCCACUGCAAGAUGAUCUACUUGCCCGAGCAGUGCAAUGGUGUGAUGAAUUCGAGAAGCUAGAAGCCGUGGCUGUGCCCCGUUGUUUGAGACUGUCAAACACAGAAGCGAUCACUGCCACGGAACUGCACAUCUUCAGCGACGCAUCGCAAGACGCAUAUGGAGCAGUCGCCUACCUCCGUCACAGCUACGAAUCCGGGGCUGUGACCUGUCGCCCGGUGGCAAGUAAAGGCAAGGUAGCUCCGAUAAAAAGCACCAGCAUCCCGCGUUUGGAGCUGACUGCGGCGGUAGUUGCAGUAGAUUUGGCUGUGUCAGUGGGUGAAGUGCUGGCUAUACCCGAGAGCAGUUGGCAUUGGUGGACGGAUAGCAUGAACGUCUUGUGGUGGGUGCGCAAUCGAAGUCGCCAGUUCAAGCCAUUCAUUGCCAACAGAGUGGCAGAGAUUCAAGCCUCAAGUCAGCCAGGUCAGUGGCACUACGUCCCGACAGAGUGCAAUCCUGCAGAUGUGGUUUCCCGUGGGUCCAGUGCCGCCAAGCUUGUACAGGAGGCCCAAUGGUGGAAUGGACCGCAGUAUCUUCUCCUUGACAAGUCCCAGUGGCCGCCACCACCCAGCAAACUCACUUGUCCUGUCGUGCCUGAGGUGAGGUCCGCAUGCAAGGAAGCCACAAUGAGCACAGUUGAAGGAGUGUCACUCUUCACGUUUGUGAGCAAAGAUUGGAAGCUGGAACCCAGGAACUUCUCAUCGUGGAGAGUCGCCGUACGUCGUCUAGCCUGGGUGCUUCGCUUUGUCAGCAACUGCCGCACCCCGGUUGAUGAGAGGCAAGUCGGCAGCUUGAGCCCUGAGGAAGUGACAGACGCGGAGCUUUCCUUCAUCAGAACAGCUCAACAAGAGAGCUUCCCAGAGUAUGCUCUCCUGAGAAAGGGGAAGGCAAUCCCAACGACCAGCAAACUGGCUAGUCUUUGUCCUCGGCUAGAUGAAGAUGGAGUCAUGCGAGUGGAAGGACGGACCCAGAAUGCAGAAUUCCUACCCGAAGCAACUAAGCAUCCAAUCGUUCUACCACGUCACAACUGGGUUACAUACCUGAUUGUCAAGGACCAACAUGAGGCUGCGAACCAUGCUGCUGGAGUCAACCACACGUGGUCCCUGCUGAUGCAACGCUUCUGGAUCAUUGCGGGACGAGAAGCAGUUCGUGAGUGCGAGCAGAGGUGUACUGAAUGCAGAAAGAGGAAAGCCAAACCUGUCACUCCAAUCAUGGCCCCUCUGCCGAAGAUACGGUUAGAGUCACCGCGUCGUGCCUUCGGCCGGGUUGCUGUGGACUACGCCGGGCCAUUUACGACAGUUCAGGGUCGAGGACAGAGGCGGGCAAAGAGAUACCUCUGCCUCUUCACUUGUCUCACGUGCCGUGCUGUGCAUUUGGAGUUGUCCUAUUCCCUGGACACCAGUAGUUUCUUGAAUGCCUUCGAGAGAAUGAGCAACCGCCGAGGCGUGCCAGAAGAGGUCCUGUCGGACAAUGGGACGAACUUUGUAGGAGGACAACGCGAGCUGAAAGAGCUAGAACAAGAACAGGCGGCGCUCCAGUUGAAGUUCCCACGUGUACGGUGGCACUUCAUUCCUCCAGGUGCCCCGCAUUUCGGCGGCGUUCACGAGACCAUGGUCAAAGCCGCCAAGAAGGCCAUUCAUGCAGUUCUGAGUGAUGCCAGCAUCACCGAUGAGGAGCUUCAGACCGCUUUCUGUAGUGCCGAGUCUCUCCUCAACUCAAGACCGCUAACAAUCCCUUCUGUGGAUGCCAGAGACGACUUGCCCUUGACUCCGAACCACUUCUUGGUUGGACGUGUGGAGCAGUUCUCCAUCGGCACAAGCAGUGACGAUUACCGCCUACAACAAAGAUGGAGGAGAGUGCAAGAACUUGUCACACACUUCUGGCACCGUUGGAUGAAAGAGUGGGUCCCCGGACUGAAUCGCCGUGCUAAGUGGUCCGCCGAGGAAAGGAACAUAGCAGUUGGAGAUAUCGUCCUGGUGAUCACGGCAGAUACGCCACGGGGUAAAUGGCCCCUUGGAAGAGUGACGGAAGUGAUGCCAGGUCAAGACGGCACCGUGCGUGUGGCAAGAGUGCUAGUUGGCGGGAAGACAGUGACCAGGCCUGUGGUGCGACUGUGCCCAGUUGUCACGGUGGGCGUCGCUGGACCUGAUGAUAGUGAGGACUGAUUCUGAAUCGCCCUAGCAUGCUUACCGGCUGGAUGUGUCUCUCUUGUGCAUCAGUCGUCCGUUUUUGCAGCCAUUUAUGUUUCUGUACAGCUAGCUCAUAGCUCGUUACGUUUCGUUUUCUUUUCUGAUAGUUCAUUUUAGUUGUAUCAACGUUGAUACUUACCGGUAGUUGUAUCAAGGAGGGUGGAAUGAGUAGACGGUGAACCUCUUUCAGUAGUCUAAGUAUGGUGUUAUGGCAAAUCACUGCCGCUAGCCUUUGGGUGUCAUUACGUUCAUGGUAAUUCCAAUGCAUGCCCGCAUCAACGUGCCCUUCUUUGGUGUCAGUUAUGCUGUGUGCACGCGUAGAGGUGAUACAUUUAUUGUUCCUGUGUGGACCAGUCUAAUCAUAAUUAUUCCUGGCUGUUCUUUUGUGCUAUUCAUGCUAUUCAUGAUGCAUGUAGUAGUAGUAGUGCAUCGUGUUGUGUUAUGCAUGUCUCAUGUGCCGUUUCCCGCGCGCGCGUGAAACCGACUUCGCGGCUUGUAGUUUCUGUGCAUAAUUAGUUGAGUCGGCGUCUUGUUGUUUGGACUGGAGACUACACCGAGUUGUGUUCUUUUCGUUGUUUCAGUCAGUUACAGCUUGCAGUUAUUCCUCUCGUGUAGUUCAGUUGCUUUACUAGUGUCUCAUCCUGAAGUAAAGAUUAUUCGUUAUUAUCUCUGUGAGUCAGAUCCCUCUUUCGUCUACCCAUGUUAUAGAUGUUCUUGUUUUAGUACACCCGUGUCUUGUCCAUUACUAUGGCAUUAGCCACUGGAGCACUUGGAAGUGAAGGAAGGCCGGCAAAAGCGCAUUGCAUGAGGCUGCCCCCUCUCUCCCCCCCCCCCCUUCUUGCC